GGGAUCGUCCUGGACAUCGACGGCACCCUGAUCGACUCGCGCUGUCGCCGCGAGCUGCACGCGGGCCUGCCCGAGCCCCUGCACGUCGACUCUGACGGCGACUGCAUCUUCCCCAGGCCGCAUCUCGAGGCAUUCCUCGACUUCUGCUUCGAGAGGUUCGACGGGGUCGGCAUCUGGACGGCGUCGAGCGCCAGGUGGGCAGCUACCGUCGUGGAGCAUGCUCUCGGGGGGCGCGCGAGGCCUUGGGCGUUCGUGUGGAGCAGCAGUCGAUGCACCGGACGAUACUACCACUACGGCGAUGAGCUGCGGCUUGUGCAGGUGAAGCCGCUGAGAAAGCUGUGGAGGCGGGCCCGCCAUCGGCAGCGGGGCUUCUGCAGAAGGAGCACGGUCAUCGUGGAGGACACGCCCCUGAACUGCACCAUGAACCGCGGCAACGUCGUGUGCGUCCCAGCAUUCAAUGUGGAGGCUGGCGCGGACGACGCCCUCUGGCGGGCCAUGCAGCUCCUUGCCGAGGCGGUGCUCCCGGCCGCGGACGUGCGGAGAGCGCUCGCCGCUCACCAGGGCGAGGGCUGGCUCCGGCCUGGAGGUGCGCCGCCCUCCUCGGGAGACUCCUCCUGUGCUGCCGGGGAGCCGUGCGGCGCCUGCGCGGGGACGGGGCUGCUGCUGCAGGGCCCGUGCCCGCUGUGCCGGUGA